AUGGAGUUUGGUACCUCAGGAAACCUGUCCGAAGAUGGCAUCCACAUUGAUAUGAACAGGCUGAAGGCGGGCGAGGUCAACCUCGGUACCUCGAUUAUGGCAGUCACCUUCAAGGACGGUGUGAUACUCGGCGCCGACUCCCGAACCACGACCGGCGCAUACAUCGCGAACCGAGUGACAGACAAGCUGACCCGCGUCCACGACACCAUCUGGUGCUGCCGGUCCGGCUCCGCCGCCGACACGCAAGCCGUCGCCGACAUCGUGCAAUACCAACUGGGCCAGUUCCACAUGAUGAACGGCAAGACACCCACAACCCAGACCGCCGCGGCCAUGUUCCAGGAGCUCUGCUAUGCGAACAAGGACAUGUUGACAGCCGGCCUCAUCAUCGCGGGCUGGGACGAGCGGCACGGCGGCCAGGUCUACAGCAUCCCCCUCGGCGGGUCCCUCCACAAGCAGGCCUACUCGAUCGGCGGCUCCGGCUCGACCUACAUCUACGGAUACUGCGACGCGAACUGGAAGGAGGGCAUGAACGAGGACGAGGCGGUCGCCUUCGUCAAGGAGGCGCUCAAGGAGGCCAUCCGGUGGGACGGCAGCUCGGGCGGCGUCAUCCGCAUGGUGGUGCUGACGGCCAAGGGCGCAGACAGGCACCUGUACCUCCCGGACACCGGGUACAAGGUGCGGCAACAGUGA